AUGCGCCGCAUGCAGGUGGCUCUGUGCACCAGCGGUGACCCGUAUCACGUGCCGUCGCUUGCACGUGUCGCACUGUUCCCGCUGCAUUUGGACCCGCCAACGAAGCAGCAUCGCGAGCUGUUCCGGCUGCUGCUCGGCGCGCCAGAUGUCGCCGCUGGGCCGUCGAUGCCCUCCUUUACGGCAUCAAAAUUCGCGUCACCAUCGUCGGGCAUCUCCACCGCCUCCAAGUCGGCGGCGGCGGCGGCCGCGUCGUCGUCGUCGUUGUCCUCCUCCCUCCCUCAGCAGCCACCUUCUGUCUCGCCUGAGCUCUUAUCCGCCGCCGCGGCUCCUCCUCAUGCGAGGGCAAUUCACUCCGGGAUCACUGGGCGGGGGCUGAACAUAUUCGAUCGCACCACGGAGGGGACCAUGAGUACGCCCUUGUCCCCGUCACCGGGGACACAGACCGAGCCCGCGUCGUCCUCCGGCAUCUCCGGCGUCAACGACUUUGACCCCAUCUCCUGCGGGACCUCAUCGCCGUACUGGUACAUGGAGGCGUUCGCGACGAGCCUGCGCGAGGACAGUCAGCUGGCGCCCUUUGACUACAUCAUCCUUAUCCCUAACACCCGAUACCCUGUCAGCCUGCGUCAAUCAACGCACCUCGCGGCGCUGGCGGUACUUGCGGCGCGCGGCUUGGCCCGCGUUCACGUCGAUUUCACCGCGCUGGAGCACCCAGACGAGUCGAUGCCCAUCGUAUACGAGCUCAUCUGCCGCUACCCCAACAGCGUGCUGGUCCACUGGCUGCAUGACGCGUACGAGGUGCUCAACUGGAGCCACUUCGCCGACUUCAAGUCGACGGUGCCGAUGCUGCUUCUGCAGACGCAGAGCUACCCACCCAAGGCGCUGGAGCGACAGCGGCCGGUGGGCAGCGUGUCGCGGCUCACCUCACGACAGUAUCACUCGCCGAUUGGCCAGUACGUGCGCAGCCCGGAGGAGGCGGGCUACUACCGGCGCGCAGAGCGUUUUAUGAAAGCUGCAUCCAAGUACCGCCGACGCAACACGACGCCCAUGACGGCGGCCGCAGACGGCGGCGAUCCGGAGAGGCGCUACGAGAGUGCCUCGCUGGUGGAUCGUGAGUCGGACUACUUCGACGACGUCCCCAACGUGCCGUCGUCGCGGCGUAAGCUCGACGAAGACGUGCCGGAAAGCGGCACCGAGGUGGCCAAGAAGUCGCUACAGCCGGAGUACGCGAAGGUGCUGUCCCGCUCGCCGCUGCUGCGCGGCGCCGACACCACGACGCGGACGGCCUCUACGGCCUCCACCUCCACCGCUGGAGGCUGCGCAACAGGCCUGAAAAUGGGACUCUCGUGGCGGGAGUCCUCGUCGGUGCAUGGGGAGCCGGGGGUGAGCUACGUGAACUGCGCCAAGGGUCGCUGGUGGAACACGCCUGGGGGCCGCGGCGAUGACGAGGUCGAGGUGAGCCGCUCAUACUGGAGCUCCACUAGCAGCAGCUGGCUCGGCGGCGGCACUGCAUCAUCUGCGGCUCUGCCGGAGUGGAUGGAGGAGGAAGGGGUGACGACGGCGGACCGCGCGCGGGGGAAGCAUCAGGGCCACUGCGUCAGAGACGCCUCUACCGCCGCUGCCGAGGCCCACGAAGCCGGUGACGGCGUUGGGACGGGCGACCGUUCCGGCGAGAGUGAUGAGGGGCCGCAGAAAAUGGACACGGUGGUGUCUGACGACGGCUUUGCGCUUUUGGAGGACACUCCGGCGGACGUGGGAGCCGGCACCGGGGCCCCUCGCGCCGACUCGAAAACGAACGCGGCGAGGAGGCAGCUCUCUAUGGCCAAGUCGCCGGCUGGCACGGCGUCUAAAACCACGAGAGCAGGCACUGCGCCCGCCGUGCCCACCUCGCCGGAGAGUCGCGAGGCCGCCGACGAGGACACCCGCAAGCGGUUUUUGACGCGUGAGAUCGAGGAGGUGCGUGCGGAGCUGAAGCGCAUGCUAGGACCGGCCAGCGCCGCCGCCACCGCUGUUUCCAUGACUACCGCGGGUGGGGUCACCACGGGCGCUGCCGCUGCUGCUGGCGGCGGGGAAUCCUCUGACGGGGCAGCAGCGGCGAAGUCGAGGUCAGGAUCGGACGACUGGGUAUCGAAGACGCACGCCGGCAUCACGACUCGUCUCGCUGCCCACGGCGCUGCCAGCCCUUUCAGUGCGGAGGAUACUCGUCACGAAGAGCACUACCCGGUGCGACGUCGCAACCGCACCGUGCGCCAGCUGAUCGACGAGCUCUACCCGCCGCGCGCCUAUGCCCCCGUAAGCGCUGCGACGACGGCCACAGAGGCCGGCGUGGGGGGCGACACACUCGCCACCGACUCAUCCAACGUCUUUUCGCCGUCGCAUCCGAUGCUGAAGCCUGGGGCAGAGCCGCAGUCCUCCGCGGCUGCGAUGACGUCCGACCAAAACAGCGGCCGCAGCCACAACUACGAAAGCGCUGACCGCAAUGGCGGCAGCAGCGGGGGCGGCGGCGGUUGUAUGGACGUCAGCGCGUGGUUGGACGCGCCAAUGGUGGAGGUUCACCCCAUCACGCGGAGCACCGGGGCGGAUGUGCGGCAGGCGCUGUGGGAGCAGGAGAUCCACCCCUCUUUCAUCUUGACGGAUUGCGUGCAGCGGUACGUUGAGGGGCAUGGCCUCUACCGCGACCCCCGUAAGGCAACAGCCGCCUCUCUCUACGGCAGCGUCGGCGUGGGCAGCGACUACGGCAACGGCGCCCGCAGCGGCAGCGGUGGCGGUGGGGGCGCCUCCGGACUGGGCGGCAGCGCCGGGGUGGCGGGACAGAUGGGUGGCUCCGAUGGCGGGUUCCGCGACUCGGCGGCGGUCGGAGUCUGUGGUACUAGCAGUGGCGUCGGCGGCGGCAUGGGCAACAGCGCCGGCGGCUGUAUUGGCAUCCGCCGCGUCGUCGCCCCACGCGACACGGCCACUCUCUCCUUUCCUGGUCUCAUCCCUCGUCUGGAGCUCCACUACGACCGCAACAACCUCCUUGCACGGGAGCAGUACGAGAAGCUGCGCAUCUUCCAGUGUCAGGACGGCGAGGAGCCGGACCUCAUUGCGCCUAUCGGCGGGGAUGGGUACAUGAUGCACUGCAUCCGCAAGAACUGGCGACGCUUCAUCCCUUUCUACGGUGUCAACGCCGGCCACGUCGGCUACUUGCUGAACGACCGCUCUACCUUGGAGGAGCUCUUCUCCUCGCCGCUGAAGCUGCACUUCACGACAAUGCUCUACUGCCAGGCUGAGAAGGAGGGUGACACGGGUGAGCGGAUGUUGCUGUCGGAGCUGGCGUUCAACGAUGCCUGGGUGGAGCGGUCGAGCGGGCAGACGGCGCUGAUCCGAAUUCUCGUCAACGGGCAGGAGCGUAUUCGGCGGCUGCGUGGUGAUGGCGUGCUUGUCUCCACGGCCGCCGGCAGCACAGCCUACAGCCAGGCUCUGGGCGCCUCCCCUGUGCCGGUGGGUGCACCGCUCAUCCAAAUUGUCGGAAGCAACGUUGUGUCGCCCGCGCAGUGGCGACCGGCGCAUCUCGAUCAGGAAGACCAGGUGGAGUUCGAGGUCAUCGACAGCACAAAGCGGCCAUGCCGCUGCUACGUCGACUCUGUCGAUGUUGGUAACGUGACGCGCUUGCUCGUCCGGUCCAGCCGCGUCGCCGGCGUGACCCUCGCCUUCUCGAAGAGCUGCGAUCUGCAGCACAAGUUGUACCAGAUGCAGUUCCCCAAAACGCUGUGA